AUGCAGGACGUUAAUCUCGACGACGGAAAUUCAAACAUAAAUAAAGUGAAUUUAUCAGUUAAGAUAACUAAUGCUUUUAAAGCAUACAAUCCGACCACAGUAAUAUUAAAUGGGUUCAAUAUGAACGUGGAGGAAGGGACAAUUUAUGGCUUGUUGGGACCAAGUGGAUGUGGCAAAACUACGUUACUAUCUUGUAUUGUUGGCCGAGCUAGAUUAGACGCCGGACACAUUCAACUCUCUGUGAAACAUAAAAAAGAGAUUGGUUACAUGCCUCAGGAAUUAGCACUAUACAACGAAUUUAACAUACUAGAAACGUUGCACUAUUUUGGCUCAUUGUACGAGAUGUCUUUUGAAGAUAUCAAAAAUAAAGGAGAGAAACUUAUUAGUAUAAUGGAAUUGCCCCCAGCUAAAACUCAAUUUGGUUUGAUGAGUGGUGGACAACAAAGAAGGUUUUCGCUAUGUACUGCUCUUCUGCACGAUCCCAACUUAUUAAUAUUAGAUGAACCAACUGUUGGACUUGAUCCCAUUAUUAGUGCUAGUAUAUGGGAAUAUUUAAAAGAUUUGUCGAAUUGUGGAAAAACAAUAAUUAUUACAACGCAUUAUAUUGAAGAAGCAAGACUUUCAAAUAAAAUAGGUUUAAUGAGAAAAGGAAUUUUACUAUCUGAAGCUAGCCCCCUAGAAAUCAUGGCAUCUUGUAAUGCAGAUACACUUGAAAGUGCGUUUUUAAUACUCAGUCAAAUGCAAUCUAAUGCAGUAAAGACGGAAGAAAUUAAAACAAUGUCUACACAACCAGGAACAACAUCGUUAAAAAAUACGUCGUUUUUUUCAUUUAAACGUUUUAAAGCUCAGCUAUUGAAAAAUUGGUACUGGAGUAUCAGAAAUUGGCCAAUAAUCAUGUUCAUUUAUUUUUUGCCGCUUAUAGUCAUUGUAACGUUUAAUUUAACCAUUGGGCAAAUGCCAAAACCUAUUCAUUUAGGAAUAAUCAACAGAGAAAACUCUACACAUUGUCCACAUCGAUCAUUUGAUUUAUGUGAUAAUCAAAUUCCUCUAAGUUGCAAGUACAUAAAUGAGAUGGAAAAACAUAUAUCUUUGAAACACUAUGAUGAAAUACAAAUAGCAAAAGAAGAUACAAUGGAUGGUUCUAUUUGGGGUUAUCUAAAAUUUGAAAACAAUUACACCGAUAUGACCCAACUAAGGUACGAGAAUCCGAGUGCUAUGACUUCAGAAGAUUUGAAUGAAUCUGUGGUGAAAGCAUCAUUGGACAUGUCGAACUAUGUGGUCAGCAAAUUAAUUCAAGGAAGAAUAAUUCAAAGUUAUAAAGAUCUCAGUAGUGCUUUUAAAAGAUGUAAUACAACUACAGUGACAACAGUGAAUUCAAUUCCUUUAAAGAUGAUGGAACCUGUACACGGGACAUUUGAAGUUAAUGUAGCUAAUUAUGGAGCUGCUGCAGUAAUAUCAAUAGUGGAAUUGUAUCUGACGUUUAUGUUUACAGCAUUAUCUAUCAAUAUGGAAAAAAAUAGCGGUUUGAUUGAAAGGAGUCUUGUAUCAGGACUCACUGUUUUUGAAGUUAUAAUUUCGCAGUUGGUAGUACAAAUGAUAAUGUUAGUGGUUCAAGCAACUACCACAUUUAUAUUUCAAUUUGCCAUAUUUAAACAUUCUUUUUUAAGUUUUUGGAUUUGGCCAUUUUCAUUAGCAAUCUUACAAGGCCUGUGCGGUUCAUUUAUUGGUCUUGCAACAAGCAUUAUUUUUGACGACGAAAAAACUACUACUUUCUUUGGAAUUUGCAUGGUUUUAUCACAAGUGUUUUUAAGCGGUAUCAUGUGGCCAAUAGAAGGCAUGAAUCCGUAUCUGAAAAAAGUUACUAUGUAUUUACCAUUGACCAAGUCUAUUGAAGCAAUUAGAUCGUUAAAUGCGAGAAAUUGGGAAAUAUCUCAUCCAGUAGUUUGGCAAGGAUUUAUAUCGAUAUUAACUUGGAUAGUUGUUGCAAUUUUAAUUACAAUGUUAAGUCUCAGAUUGAAGCACGGUAUAAAAGCAAAAAGAUGAAUACUACUUGUCUAGUAUUUUAAAAUGUCAACUCUUUUACUAUGUAAAAACCUACAAAUAUAUAUAUAAAUAUAUAUAUUAUAAUAAAAUUGCUAAAUACUAUAAUGUGAGUUAUGAAAAUUCAGAAAACGAAAGAGUCUCAGACCCAUAGCAAUAAUCAAUGAAUCGGCAAUAACAACUUUAUAGCGCUGAAAGCAAAACUUAACUGUUGUAGUAACAACAAAUGAAAUCAAUGGUAAUAGUUUCACUUUUAAUUUUGACGAAUAUACCAGGGAAUUUGGACAUGAUGCAUACUUUCUACUGAUAAAAUAACAAUAUUUGGAAAAAUAUUACGUGAAAAGUCAGCUAAACUCGUAUUAAAAGUCAAAAACCAAAUUACAAACUAAACGUUUUACAAGCAACUCCUGAACCUGGAUGAAUAAUGAUAAAUAAUACAAAAUUUAUUCGUUUAUUUCAAACUAAAUUUUAAAUAUCCACGGAUAAUUAACAAGGCACCUAGUCAGUGCGAAUUAUUUAUUUAUUUGUUUGUGUAUAAAACUGUGAUUUACACAUUAUUAAAUAAGUCAUUAG